AUGGAAGGUGUGCCUCCCCGUUGUCCUCGCGGCCCCAGACCCCUUCCAAUGGGCUGGCUUAUGAUUCCCCCGGUUGGAACCUACGCCGCUCGAUGAGAACCGGGAGUCAGCGCUACAUGUUUGACCAGGAGGAGGUUCACCCUUUACUGAUGCAUGAGCGUCGCUCAGGCUCUCAGCGCAGUGAGCGCACCAAGCUGCUCCGAAGGACAGUCAGUGUGCCGGUGGAGGGGAGAAAUCAGCACCCUGAGAUAGAGCACGCUCGCGCUCGCAGGAAGAGCAUUGCCACUGCCAGACAGCCAAGCAUGGAAACCCCUCCCACUGCCCCCCCACAACCCUUCAGACAACAAAGCUUCCUCAGUCGAAAGUUGAAGGGCUCCAUCAAAAGGGCAAAGAGCCAGCCCAAGCUGGAUCGAACCAGCAGCUUCCGCCACAUGAUUCUACCCCGUUUCCGUAGUGCUGAUCAGGAGAGGACACGUCUAAUGCAGAGCUUCAAGGAGUCCCACUCUCAUGAGUCCCUGCUUUCCCCUAGCAGUGCAGCGGAGGCUCUGGACCUCACGCUGGAUGAAGAUGCUGUCAUCAAACCUGUCCACUCCAGCAUAUUGGGCCAGGAGUACUGCUUUGAGGUGACCACCAUUUCAGGGACAAAAUGCUUUGCCUGCCGCUCGGCUGCAGAGAGAGACAAAUGGAUUGAGAAUCUACAGAGAGCUGUCAAGCCCAACAAGGACAAUAGUCGAAGGGUGGACAAUGUGCUUAAGCUAUGGAUCAUUGAGGCCAGGGACCUUCCUCCUAAGAAGCGGUACUAUUGUGAGCUGUGUCUGGAUGACAUGCUGUAUGCGCGCACCACCAGCAAGCCCCGCACGGACACUGUCUUCUGGGGCGAGCACUUUGAGUUCAACAACUUGCCUGCCAUUCGUAGCCUACGCCUGCACCUUUACAAGGAGACAGACAAAAAGCGACGCAAGGAGAAGAGCACGUACCUCGGCCUGGUCACUAUCCCCAUAUCGAGCAUCACAGGCAGGCAGUUUGUGGAGCAGUGGUACCCGGUGAUCCAGCCCAAUGCUUUGGCUAAGGGUGGCGGUGUAGGCGGUGGCAAGGUCAUCAAUGCCUCAAUUCGCCUCAAGUCCCGCUACCAGACCAUGAGUAUCCUACCCAUGGAGCUGUACAAGGAGUUCGCUGAGUACAUCACCAAUAACUACCGUACGCUGUGUGCCGUGCUGGAGCCUCUGCUCAGUGUCAAAAGCAAAGAGGAGGUGGCGUUCGCGCUGGUGCACAUUCUCCAGAGCACGGGCAAGGCCAAGGACUUCCUGUCAGACAUGGCAAUGUGCGAGGUGGAUAGAUUCAUGGAACGAGAGCAUCUGAUCUUUCGAGAGAACACCCUUGCUACUAAAGCCAUAGAGGAGUACCUCAAAUUGAUAGGGCACCGGUACCUCAAGGAUGCCAUAGGAGAGUUCAUUCGAGCUUUAUACGAGUCAGAGGAGAAUUGUGAAGUGGAUCCCAUGCGUACUCCACCGUCUGUCCUGGCCGACCACCAAGCCAAUCUUCGCAUGUGCUGCGAGCUGGCACUCUGCAAGAUUGUCAACUCUCAUUGUGUGUUUCCGCGGGAGCUGAAGGACGUCUUUGCCUCCUGGAGGGUCCGGUGUGCCGAGCGGGGAAGGGAGGACAUCGCAGACCGCCUCAUCAGCUCCUCCCUCUUUCUACGCUUCCUGUGUCCCGCCAUCAUGUCGCCCUCUCUCUUCAACCUCACCCAGGAGUACCCCGGAGAGCGGACAUCCCGCACACUUACCCUCAUCGCCAAGGUGGUGCAGAACCUGGCCAGCUUCUCCAAGUUUAGUGGCAAAGAGGACCACAUGUGUUUCAUGAACGAGUUUUUGGAGAUGGAGUGGGGCUCCAUGCAGCAGUUCCUGUACGAGAUCUCCAACAUGGACACGGGGAGCAACGCCGGGGGCUUUGAGGGCUACAUCGACCUGGGCAGGGAGCUGUCAGUGCUCCACAGCCUGCUGUGGGAAGUCAUGGCCCAACUGAGCAAGUAUUUUCCUUUUGAAUCCAUGAAUGGAAGUGAACGAGUGCACACUUUGGGAGAAAGGACAGAAUUUGGGAUAAACAGUCACAUCUUUUCAUUACGCCUUGUCUCCCAGGAUGCUAUUCUGAAGCUUGGUCCCUUGCCACGUCUGCUGAAUGACAUCAGUGUAGCCUUGAGGAACCCCCAGCUCCACCGGCAGGCCAGCCACCAGCCAGACAGGCAGCAGGACAGGCUCAUCACACGGCCCUCCUUCAACCGCCUGGUAUCAUCCGAUUUCCAGAGCCUCAUGAUGCGGGACCUCAACAGCUCAAUAGACAUCUCCCGUCUCCCUUCCCCAACCGCGGGAUUAUCUGGGAGUGGUGUCCUCUCGUCUCAUGUAAGCAUGGGAAGCUUUGCGGAACGAGACCCCCACGGCUCAAAGGACGUUUUCUACGUGACCCGCCCCCCCCUGGCUCGGUCCAGCCCUGCAUACUGCACCAGCAGUUCUGAUAUCACUGACCCAGACCCAAAGGACUCACGCAUGAAUAGCAUCUCCAACCUCCAUUCAGUGGGUGAUAUGCUCAACUCCUCCCAGGCCUCUAUAGCAGGCUUGGGCCACAGUUUCGGGAACCUGGGCGGUCCGCUUCGCAUGGGAGGCCAUAUGUCCGCCGGUGGCUCUGGGAGCUCCGGCUUGAGGCUAAGCCAGAUGGGGGGACCCCUUCACCACAUGGGGGGUCCCACUGACUCUCUCUCCCAGCAGCAGCAACAUGCGGCAGCCGCCAUGCACUUCCCCCUCUCCUUCCAGAAUCCCCUCUUCCAUCUGGCUGCCGACGGCCCACGGGGUCAGCCCCACAGUCGUCCUCAGGCCCAGCCACCUCCCCCUCCACUCUUGUUGGCCCCAGAGCUUGACAAUGCCCACCACCAACAGGGCUACAUGCGGGCAUUCGGCCACGGCGGCUUCUCGCGUAGCGAGGACCUUUCGGCCCUGCGGCCACAGAGCAGUCUGGUGCAGCCCAGUGUUGUCCACUCACACAGCUACAGUGACGACUACACACGGCAAAACCAGAACGCUGAAUACGCCCGGCGCCAGCUUUCGCUGCAAGUGCAGGAGAAUCUUCAGCAGCAGAUUCUUAUGGGCAUGACCCCUCAGACGGCCACAGGCACGGCCACUCCCCCCUCCACCGUGCACCCUGUCCGUCAUGGCUCCAUAGCACCGCCUCCCCCGCAGCGCCUCAAAUCCCAGCUGUCCAUCAGCCCCGGGGCCACCUCCACCCCUCCCAAGGCCCGCCCCCAGAGCAGGAACCUCCUUCUCCAGUCACCCGACUCCAGCUUUGGCGGCAGGCAGCCCUCGCAACAGCAACAACAGCAGCAGUUGUCCGUCAAACAGUCUGACAGCCCAGCCCCUGGGCUCCCGCACCAGUCAAGCUCUGCCAGAGAUGGCCAGGGGGCGCCACAAGGGGGGAACGGAGAGACCACAGACACCCCGACUAAGAGCACAAAGCAGCCUCAGACCACAGACACCCCAACUAAGAGCACCAAGCAGCCUCAGCCGCAGUCCCAGCAGCAGCAUCCACAGCAGCACCUGCUCAAGCCUACAGUCAAUAAACAGGCUUCUCAGUCCCCCUCCACCCUGACCCCCAACGAGCGCACUGUGGCUUGGGUGUCCAACAUGCCACACCUCUCUGCCGACAUCGAAAUAUUGCGUAGCUCAUCGAACCUUGAGGACCUCAAGCUGAAGGAGUACUCUAAGAGCAUGGACGAGUCACGCAUGGAUAGGGUAAAGGAAUAUGAGGAGGAGAUCCAUUCCCUGAAGGAGCGUCUGAUAAUGUCCCAUCGGAAGCUGGAGGAGUAUGAGCGCAGAAUGCUUUCACAGGAGCAGCAGACCAGCAAGAUCCUAUCACAGUACCAGAGCCGGCUGGACGACAGCGAGCGCAUGCUGAGGCAGCAGCAGCUGGAGAAGGACAGUCAAAUCAAAGGCAUUAUCAACAGGCUCAUGGCUGUGGAGGAUGAGUUGAGAGUGAGUGCCAUUCCUGAAAUCAAGCCCAGAAUGUUCAGAGAGCAGGAAGAGGACUCUUCCUCUCUGGGUUCAGCAGACCCCCAUGGUCUCCCCGGAGGGGGGGGGGGGCAGCCACCACCACUGCCAGGCCCGGGGUCUCCUUUUCGGGUGUCUCCUGUGCCAACUCCCCUUGGAAAGGAGCCCUCCCUCCCCUCCCACCUCCCCGCCUACACGUCAGCCACAAUGGGGAACUCCAUGGCAACCGAGCCUACCCCUCGACUACUACCAUGGUUACGCCAGCCAGGAGCACGGCAUCUUGGACCUCGGCAACAGCAGCAUCAGAUCUGA